CAGCUUUGUGAUGGAGAGUCCGUCUCCAGCUCUGUGAUGUGGGGCUGAGUUAUCCUUUAGCUCCAAGGAAGAAUUCCCAACAAUGGGAUUCAGAUGGAGACUCUUCCCUCUCUUCUGGAGAGCAUUUACACCACAUGGCUGAGCCUCAGCUCCACGAUAUGGGCAAUGGACAUGAUCCUUGCCUUUGUGUGUGGACUGGGGCUCUACCUCCUGUUACUUCCUUUUCUUGAGAGUCAUCUGUCUUCACCGCCAUCAAAUAUAAAGUUCACCAGGAAGUCCCAGAUACAGAUGACCUGGCAGGGCCAGUACAAGAAAAAGUUUAGGAAUCAUUGUAGAAACAAUGCAAAAGCUUGGGGAGAAUGCCUGAAAAAGCUGAAAGAAAAAGAAAAGGAUGAAUUAUUUCUAGAAGAAAUGAGCCCAGUAUACCAUUUGAACUCUUUAGGGAAUAUAUUUAAGUCACCAAGUGCUAAACAAGACAGCACUACCCCGUCACCCUGCUGGAACCUGAAAGAAGAAUCAGAAGAGCAGAUGGCUACUCAGAAACUAUCUUAUCCCAAGAUCUCAGGGGACCAUUUUCAACAGAAAUUUGACCAGCUUUACUGGGGUCUCCCUUCUCUCCACAGCGAGUCUCUGAUGGCUGCUGCCUGGAUCCCUCAGACAACAUCAACUCCCCCUUCUCCCUUUUUCUUAUUCAAUGUCAUCUCAAGUGUUUAUCCAAUUCAACUACAGGAUAAAAUGUCUCCAAUGCUUCCCCACACACAUCCUCUGUCCUAUCUGGACCUCCAACCUCCACCCUUAAUUCUCUCUCCACUUGCAUUCCAGCCCCCAGCUUUGAAUCAAGUCCAUUUUCAAUCACCUCUCCCAGUCCUGCUACCCUCUUCUCUGCCCUAUAAUAGAGAUUUUGGUACAUCUUAUUCUCAGUCACAACAUAAGCCACAAUACCUUUCAACUGAAAUAAAAUACAAAGAAAGCCCCUCAGUGACAACACAAGUAGAAAGUAGAUUAACUCUACCCUUGAUGGUCCAGAAACCUCAGGAAGCCUAUGACAUCUUGGUCCCCAACCCUUCCCAAGACUGGGCAGUCUGUAUCCUUCCUGAUAAUUUUCCCAUCAGCUGUGAGCUCCGGGAGAAACUGGAGCAACACAUUGAAAAGUGGCUCCUUCAACACCAAUGGAAUGUUCCCCAUACCAACCAAGAUCCUGAGGAGGAGAUGGAGCUUCAGAGCACAGCAAUAGGAAAUUGUCAAAUCAGAGAGAAAGCCAGCACCUCACAAGCCCUUGCAUUUCCUGGUGAGCACAGCAAGGAGGGCCAGAAGGUGAAAUUCCAGCUAGAAAAGGAAUCUAGCAAGAAUCUGGGACCUAUUCUAGGAAAGAUAUCAAAAGAUUCAAUCAGGGGCUUGGAAAAUAAUAUAGUAAGGGUUCAGGAGAGAAACAUUUUGGAGUCAGAAAGAAUUUCAGUUACGUGCUUGAAAAGUUACUCCAGAAAUGACUCAACAUAUUACAUAGACAAAGAUUUAGAAAACAAUUUGAAAGCUCAUUUGGGUACAAUGUCAAGGCAGAGAAAUCAAGGUCUGACCCCUAGGAGUAUGCGGCAGUCUUGGCUUGCUGUGGACAAUGAUUUUUAUGAGAUGGAAAACAAAAAAUUAACAUCCUUAAAGAGCUCAGAAAAGUCCAUGUACCCUUCAAAGAAGCUUGCCUUUCUCAAUCCAGAAACUCGACAAGCUCUGGAGUCACAUAUUGUAAGGUUUUGGGUGAAGCACAAAUGGGGUCUACCCCUUAAGAUACUCAAGCCCAUAAACCUCUUCAGGUUAAGUACUGAGUCCUUGCCUGUUACAGUCUGUGCCCAGCCUUCCUCAACCACUUCUGUACAUAGGACCAGUUCAGCAGCUGAGGUAGUCAGAUUCCUAGGAAAACCAUUCUUGAAACAGAUAGUUGAGGAUCCUUCUCCAUCACCUGGGAACCUUCUCUUUGUCUCAUCUCCUUCCUGUAAAAGGGCCAUAAGAAGGCUUCCCUCUGCUGUUGACCAUGAGUUUUCUACAGCCCUGCCAACCAAACCAGAGAGGGGGUAUCUUUCAGACUCCCUCACUUAUAAUUUCACUGACGCAACCUCUCAGAGUAGGGGUAGCUUAAAGAAAGAGAUACAGACCCAAGAAGUCCUUUUACCGCCUAGAAGGACUAGUGCCCAAAAUUCAGAGGCAUACAACCUUCAGGCAAAAGUUGUUAAUGACUUUCCACAUAAUGUGGAGACAGAAUUAGCAGACCAGCCACAAAUCUAUACCACUGCUAUGUACCUUCCAAAAUGUUCCAGAAACAUGCUGCAUCCUGUAGACUCUUUGACUUCACAUAUAUUAGGUGACGCUGUGGUGGUUGAUGGGGGCAAAACCCUGGUGCAGCAGAGACCCAGUACUCCAAAGCAUCAAGUCUCACAGAAGAGCCAAAUGAAGAUGUUGGCCCCUCCUUAUCAAGGAGAGGACACUAAGAGACAGAGUGAAAUAAAGUAUGAAGACAGGCCUAAGUUCACCCCAGUCAAGGAGAAAAAAGUCAACCUUGGAGGCCAAUACUACCAGACCCUUCCAAAAACCACACAAGUGCUCCCCAAAAGCCCCUCCCAAAGUCGUUUGGGUAGCUUUCUUCAGUGGAUUCACCCCAAGAAAACAAUCAAACAGCAGGAAUCUCAUCCCCUAAAAAGUAAUACUACAGCAGCCACUGCCCAAAACCAACAAAGGCCACUGAGAAAGAAUUCAUAUAUGGACAGCAAUGUUGCUGAGGCCCAGGAACUUAUGACAGCUGUUGGACAGAUGGUAGAAAAGAAAAUGAUGCUGCAACAUCAACCCUGUGCUUCAAAGUUCAGCCAGCACAGGAAAGUCCCUCCAGCCCCCACUUCACAGUUUUCCUAUGGCCACAUGCCAGUCUCCUACUUACAGCCAAGGAGAGUACCCAGUUACCAGGGCAAUUGCUCAUGUCAGAGGUGUUCUAUACAGAACAGGCACAUCAGAAACCAACCAUCUCAGAAAAGUGUACAAUUUAGCCAGAAACCACAGAUCCCACGGAACCCCAGACACUUGUCCCCCAAAUCAGCUUUGGUGAAUUCUUCCCAGAAUAGAACAAUAGUGCCGCGAAUCCCAGAUCACCAUCUUUUCUGUCCUAGGCACUGUGCCCUCCAGAGCAAUGUCUGUAGAGAACCAGGACAUUCCUCUGUAGUUUUUCCUAAUAGGAAAACAUAAUUGAAAGAAAAAGAAUAGUGAAUGUAAAAAUUAUUUUUCUCAUGUUAGUACAUUCAAGAUACUUAAUGUAGCCCAAAAUACAUGUUUUUCCCCCAUAAAA